AUGUUAGGCCUGGCCGACGGGUUGCAAGGUAGUUCUCGCACGGGGUCGACGGCGAAGCGCCAAUGCGCGCGGGUCAGGUCGAGUGAGCUCGCUCAAUACAAGACCUUUGCGAGUCCCUUCGCCAAGGUAUUCUUAGGGGCUAUUUUCACCUACCAGGUUAUUUACUGGACUUGGUUGAAGCUGGAGAUGGACGAAUCCAAGCUUGAGAAGAAUCAAGAGGUCGCGGCCCUCGAGAAGAAGGCUAGGGAAUUAACGAACGUGCAAAAGUGA